AUGAAGGUAAAAGACGAAGAAGCCCGACGAAAACUCAACAAAAUUGUAAAACUCGACCGAUCGCAAAACAAUCAACUUUUCAAACAAACUCUGAACGAUUUCCUAAAUGCCUCAAAGCAAAAAUUAGAUGCAAUUCUACUUCUUCAACUUCGGAUUCAAACUUCUAUGGACAAAAGAAGCCUCUUUCAAUUUUGUGAAGAUAAUAAACGAGUACUAGAAGACGCUCUCGAAAGAUAUUCUGAUAACUGA